UUACCAUUAUAUGCUCUCUUACCGUUAUCUCAACUUCCAUAUCUGAAAGCCACUUGGUUUUGAUUUGUCGGAAAAAGGAGACGACAAAGAAACAAGAAGAUGCCCACUUUGAAUCUCUUCACAAACAUACCAGUCGACGCCGUCACUUGCUCCGACGUUCUCAAGGACGCUACUAAGGCCGUCGCUAAGAUCAUCGGCAAACCUGAAUCCUAUGUGAUGAUACUGCUUAAUAGUGGAGUGCCCAUUGCCUUUGCUGGUACCGAGGAACCCGCUGCGUAUGGAGAAUUGAUAUCUAUUGGGGGAUUAGGACCAGGCGUUAACGGGAAGCUUAGCGAGACGAUAUCUGAGAUUCUCCAAAUUAAGCUCUCUAUAGAUAGCUCCCGCUUUUAUAUCAAAUUCUAUGAUUCCCCGCGACCCUUCUUUGGUUUCAACGGAUCAACAUUCUGAAACAUGGAUUGAGACAGAUGAUGGUAAAGAGGCGAAUUCAACCUUGGUAAUGAAGCUUGGGUUAGAAGAACUGUUUGCUUAUCAUCAAUUUCAAAAGCUCUAGUUCUUAAGCUUUCAUUUGAUAUCCCAAUAUAAACCUCAUCUCAUGUUCAAAUUGCUUUUGGGACUUGUUGUAACUUUGUAACUUGUGAUAUGAUAUCAAAGUUGUCAUACUAAUUAACACAGCAAAUUGUAUGAGGAUUGUUUUCGCAAUCUUGUAAAAAAAUAUUGUUUUUGUCAA